UAGCUCACACGGGGCUUGAAGAGCCUCCCUGCUUAUCUGGUUAUAAUUAUAUAGAGGUGACCUGGUUUCAGCACCGCGGCUCGUCAACAGCUCCAGUGCGCAGCGGAGAUUUGGCCAGCCCCUUCACGACCGGUGCGUCUCACUACAGAGCCGGUACUCCAGGGCGCAGCCUCCGCGUCAGUUUCAGCACCAGCGGCCGGACGGAGCACAGCGGAGCUGUCCACACAUUCAGCACUUAGUUUCUGGAGGAGGGAACCAGACCCACAGACAGCAAGACAGCCAGGAUAUAUCUUCCUUCCUGGACACUGAGACAGCUUAUUUCAGAAUGGCGUCAUAUUACGUUGGCCUUUUCGUCCUUUUCCAGCUUCUAGCCCUGAAUGAAAUGAGCCAGAUAUCUGCCUUCCCCACACCGACAGCCUCAACGGAUGUUGCAGAUAAAACUGUGUACAAUAGACAGUUGACAGAAGAAAGGCCACUACAAGAGCAGAUUGCUGAGGCGGACAGCGUGAAGGCUGCAGUACAGUCAGCUGAGGGCAAGCGUCCCACUGCCUCCAAGGACGUGGAGUCAGAGCAGGACCUUGAUGACUUCACCGUGCUGAAGUCACUGGCUGAUGGCCAGAAAUCAAAGGAGACCACUGAGCUGCCACUCAAGAAGGAGGGCCAGUACAUUCCGGAUGAAUCAGACUCGACCAAGAGCCGGCGUCUAACUGAGGACUACGACUCCACCAAGAGCGGGAUGGACUAUGGCAAGUAUCAGGAUGACACAGAAAGUUUCCGUCAGGUCGACGGCACUCCACUGACAGCAGAAGACAUUGUCCAGAAGAUCGCAAACAAGAUCUACGAGGAGGACGACAGAGGGGUGUUCGACAGGAUUGUCUCAAAGCUGCUCAAACUGGGGCUGAUCACAGACAGUCAGGCAGACACUCUGGAGUACCAGGUGGCCGAGGCUCUCCAGGAUCUCAUCACCAAAAACGCCAAGAACAACGAGAUUGAGGACGAUGAGAGCAACGAACAAGAAACCAGGGGAGAGCAGGAAGACCAGGGCUCAGACAGUAACAAGGACACAUGGGAGCCACCCAGUCGGCGCUACAACAAAGACGAGGACGACGAUGAAGAAAAUGAUGAUGAGAUUGAGGAUGAGGUGGACAGGGAUGCAGAAGAAGAAGGGGGUGACACAGCCACCAAAACCUGGGACAAAGAUGCUGAGGAGGGCAACGAGGUGAGACCCGAAGACGGGCUCCAGGACCUGCAGUACUUCCCCAACUUCUACCAUCUGCUCAGCAGCCUCGACUCAGAUCAAGACACUCAGGAAAGAGAGACAUUGAUCACCAUCAUGAAGACGCUGAUUGACUUUGUGAAGAUGAUGGUGAAGUACGGCACUAUCACGCCUGAGGAGGGAGUGUCCUAUCUGGAGAACCUGGAUGCUAUGAUAGCCAUGCAGACCAAGAACAAGCUGGGCAAGGCUCUCGGGCCUCCUGACUUCACUGGACCCAAUGGAAAAAACUUGGAUGAGGAUGACAACACGAAGGCUGAGGCCGCCAAGAUGCAGAAGGAGUAUGAGAACCUGAAAGACUCAACCAAGGAGGAGCAGCCAUCAACUGAGACCAAUCAGCCCGGCAAGUCAGAGACCUAUCUGGAGGCCAUCAGGAAGAACAUUGAAUGGUUGAAGAAACACAACAAAGAAGAAGGCAAAGAGGAUUAUGACCUGUCCAAGCUGAAGGACUUCAUGGACCAGCAGGUUGAUUCCUACAUUGAGAAGGGCAUCAUCGCCAAGGAUGAAGGAGACACCAUCAAGAGGAUCUACAGCAGCCUGUAACGCCAUCACCCAUCCUCCCACCAACCUCUGGCCUAAAACAUAGGACUGAAUCCGACAUUAACAUCUCAAACAAAACCCUGACUACAUAGUUAUUUCCCAUGGCAUGGUAAAGUAUAUACUGUGUAUUCGAAAUUACCUGCUUAGGGGAACUUGUUUACCCUCUCAGACAUUCCUAAAAUGUAUCAAGAGAAGGAUGUAAUAAUACUAUCAACAAAACCGUAAAAUGAUUAUUUACAGCUAUACCUAACUGAUUAUAUUUGCACGCCAAGAUCACAGAGUAAUAAUUACUAGAAUAUUAUUGAAAGAGAAAUCAAAGUAUUUUAUGUAACCAACUCACACAUUCAACUAAAUGCUACCAUUUACUCCAACCUGACUCCUGUGGGAAAUGAAUGUUAUGGGAGUAUGACGCCGUAGCUUUGUCAGCAACUAGUUUCCAAUACAUUUUUUGCAACAAAAUGCACAUAUAUCAAAUCAUACUCAUUCUAUGUAACCUGUCUUAGCCUAUUAUAUUUCUUUUUCCAGUGUAUGUGUAAGACCUUUAAGUAUUCUUGCUUUUUAUUUUACCAAAAAUAUAUUGUAUUGUGUAUCGUGUCAGUGCCCUGCAUACACGUUAUAUUCGGCUGUAAUUCUUCUGGGGCCCACUAGGGGGCCACGUUUGUAUCGUCAAUUCUCUCUGCAUGUCUCUGUGAGUUCAACAUUUCCAUCUAUGUAGAGACUCAAGAUAAGUAUUUUUAAAUGUAAAUAUUUGUGAUUUUUUCCUAAAGUUCAAAAGCAAUUAAAAAAUUGCCUUUUCUUUA